CGCCUCCGCGGCUCUGCCGGCAGGUCCUGGCAGUCCCUCGCCGGUCACCUCGCCGACGCGAUGGCGGUCCCGGGCUCCCUGGCCGAGUGUGGCUACAUCCGGACCGUGCUGGGCCAGCAGAUCCUCGGACACCUGGACAGCUCCAGCCUGGCCCUGCCCUCCGAGGCCAGGCUGAGGCUGGUGGGCAGCAGCGGCCGCGGCGACGCGGCGGCCCGGAGCCAGCGGAUCCAGGAGCAAGUGCAGCAGACCCUGGCCCGCCGGGGUCGGAGCUCUGCGGUCAGCGGGAAUCUUCACCGAACCAGCAGUGUUCCUGAGUAUGUCUACAAACUGCACUUGGUUGAGAAUGACUUUGUUGGAAGGCAAUCACCUGUCACUAGGGACUAUGACAUGCUAAAGGCGGGCAUGACUGCCACUUACGGAAGUCGCUGGGGGAGAGGCACAGCGCAGUACAGUUCCCAGAAGUCAGUGGAGGAGAGAUCCUGGCGGCAGCCUCUGAGGAGACUUGAGAUUUCCCCCGAGAGCAGCCCGGAGAGGGCCCGCUGUGCGCACAGCGAGUACCAGUUUGCCUGGAGGAGCCAAGGGGUGUCUGGUGGGCGCCUCACCCUGCCACGCUACGCACGCUCAGAGAUCCUGGGCCUUCGCCAGGCGGGUACAGUCCGCAGGCCACCCGCGUGUGGGUCGCUUAGUGAUGCUGUCUUCGACAAUGGUCCACUCAACCCCACGAUGCCCCCCCACCCUCCGGGCACCAGCCACAGCGCGGGCAGCCUGCUGGAGGAGACCGUGCGCGUGAGCCAAGUUCGGCCUCUGGGCGCGCAAAGCAGAGCUGCCCGCUCCUCCUGGCCCCGAAGCUCAGUCCGCAGCACCCUGCGGGACCCAGGGAGGAUGCUGCCCACCGCUGGCCAGGCGGCUGUGGGCAGCGGGGACGCACAUGUGGACAGGAGCGCCUUCACUGAUGCCCAGCUCGGGAAUGCAGACAUGGAGAUGACCUUGGAGAGAGCUGUGAAUAUGCUCGAUGCAGACCAUGUACUGCUGCCCAGGAUUUCUGCCGCAGCUACUUUUAUACAGCACGAGAGCUUCCAAAAAUCUGAAGCACGGAAAAGGGUUAAUCAGCUUCGAGGCAUCCCUAAGCUCCUACAGCUGCUCAAAGUUCAGAACGAAGAUGUUCAGCGGGCUGUGUGUGGGGCCUUGAGGAACUUGGUGUUCGAAGACAAUGACAACAAGCUGGAGGUGGCUGAGCUGAGUGGAGUACCUCGCCUGCUCCAGGUGCUGAAGCAGACCAGAGACUUGGAGACAAAAAAGCAAAUAACAGGUUUGCUCUGGAACUUGUCCUCUAGUGACAAACUCAAGCAUCUCAUGAUAACGGAAGCCUUGCUCACCCUGACAGAGAGUGUCAUCAUCCCCUUCUCAGGGUGGCCUGAAGGAGACUACCCCAAAGCAAAUGGCUUGCUGGAUUUUGAUAUAUUCUACAAUGUCACUGGAUGCCUAAGAAACAUGAGCUCAGCUGGCCCUGAUGGGAGGAAGACAAUGAGAAGAUGUGACGGGCUCAUUGACUCUUUGGUCCAUUAUGUCAGAGGAACUAUUGCAGACUACCAGCCAGACGAUAAGGCCACAGAGAACUGUGUGUGCAUUCUUCAUAACCUCUCCUACCAGCUGGAGGCAGAGCUCCCGGAGAAGUAUUCCCAGAGUAUCUACAUGCAAAACCGGACUAUCCAGACUAACAGUAACAAAAGUGUUGGGUGUUUUGGCAGUCGAAGUAGGAAAGUAAAAGAGCAAUACCAAGACAUACCGAUGCCAGAGGAGAAGAGUAGCCCCCGGGGCAUGGAGUGGCUGUGGCAUUCCAUUGUGAUAAGGAUGUAUUUGUCCUUAAUUGCCAAGAGUGCCCGAAACUAUACCCAAGAGGCGUCAUUAGGAGCUCUCCAGAAUCUCACAGCAGGAAGUGGCCCGAUGCCCACAUCAGUAGCUCGAAUGGUUGUCCAGAAGGAAAAUGGUCUUCAGCACACCCGGAAAAUGUUGCACGUAGGUGAUCCCAGUGUGAAGAAGACUGCCGUCUCCCUGCUGAGGAAUUUGUCACGGAAUCUUUCUCUGCAGAAUGAAAUUGCCAAAGAAACUUUACCAGAUUUGGUUUCCAUAAUCCCUGAUACAGUCCCAAGUACUGACCUCCUCAUUGAAACUACAGCCUCUGCUUGCUAUACGUUGAACAAUUUAAUGCAGAAUAGCUACCAGAAUGCACGAGACCUUCUGAACACUGGAGGCCUGCAGAAGAUUAUGACCAUCAGCAUAGGAGAAGGCUAUGCCCCCAACAAGGCCAGCAAAGCUGCUUCGGUCCUUCUGUACUCUCUGUGGGCUCAUACGGAACUCCAUACCGCCUACAAGAAGGCUCAGUUUAAGAAGACAGAUUUUGUCAACAGCCGGACCACCAAAGCCUACCACUCCCUUAAAGACUGAUGAAGGUGAAAAUCAGCUCAGAGACUCAGCUUCCGAGUUCUCCACUAUAAAAACUCCCCAAAGAAACACCUAUUUUUCUACUAACUGACCCAAGAAACCUCAAAAGCAUGCUUUGUUUAUAUUCUUUUCUAUUUCUAUCCCCCAAAUCUAGAGAAUGAAUAAUCACGAUAUAAUUUUGUUAGGCAUCCUGAAGACUUUUACAAGGUUGCUGCUAGAACUUGCUAUGGAAUCUGUGUUUCCCUGUAGAGGUAAUGGACACCAUUAUCCACAGUUAAGGUAUAUAUGAGUUCAUGUGAGUGAGCAUCCAAGGAAUACCUGAGGAAAGAGAUUGUGUGACUAGACUUUUAAAGUGUGAUUGACAUUUCUACCCUUUGUCUGGUUUUCAUUCUUGUCACUCAUCUGCAUGUUACUUCAUUGAACCCCAGACGUGUGUUCAAUGACAUUGAACAGAACAGAGAUGACAAGAAUAAAGCUUUGAUGGCAAAUUGUUUAAUCUGUGAUUGUUCUUAACCCUCUUGGGUUGGUUUGCUUUGCUUUAUCUUUCUUCCUGUAAUUCAAAUGAAUGUAAGAAAUGUAGAUUACGGAGCUGCAUGGCAAUAAGACAAGGGAACUGAGAAGUGGUCAUAACAAACUUAAAACCAUCGGGUUACAGAGGUCUGCCCACCAGGCACCACUAAGAUGAGCAAAUAUGUGGUGGAGAAAUGGGAGAGAAAGAGAAGCGAGCUUCAUGUGCUGUGGAGAGAGGCGGAACUGGAGACACUAUCGUGGUGAGGAACAGGCUAAUGUGAGGGGCCUACAUUGCCACUGAAGCCAAGUCAUGUCCUGGCCUGUGUUGCUCCAGAGGUGGCCCUAUGGCAGCCGGGGGUCCGUGUUGAUGUCUGUGGCCCCUAUUACCUCCAAAGGCCACGUGGAUACCCAUGGCCUGGACUGCCACCCAAAGCCAUGUUGAUGCCCAAGGGCUGUGCUGAGCUGGCCCUGCCCCUCCAUGGCCCUGGGAGGGUUUGCCUGGCCCUCACAGGGGAGCUGGCCCACCCCUCCGUGGCUGCUGCUUGCAGGGAAGCUGACCCUGCCUCUCACCUGAGUGGGGGUUCCCAGUGGAGACCUGGGCUGACCAACUCAGCUACCACCCAGGCCCACCCCAACAUCUACCCCAUCUAUGACCCACUGGAGCGUGUGAAGGGACUGGUCCUGCAGGACCAUAGCACAGGAUCUCCAUAACUGCAGCAGCAGGUGUCCCAGGGGAGUCUCAGCGGGGUCCAGUAUUGAUGGUGUAGCAAAAGCCAGACCUUGAACCAGACCAACAGCUUGUUGCAGUGAACAUUUGCAAGUAAAGCUGUUUGGGCAAAAGGUAUGCUGCACGACACACUGCAGCUCCCAAUGCCACUGCAACGAUGAAUGAAUGAUGAUGGAGAGGUGGGCAAGGAGGAGCAAAGUGGUCGUUUUUAUUAUUUUUUCUUUUCUUUUUGAGGAGGAGGCUGCAAUGAUGGAGGGUGGACAAGGAAGGACUCAGAAAUGAAUGGUAUUGGGGUGCAGGAUAUGAAAUUCUCAAAAAAUUAUGUUAAAAAGGAAGUCUGGCUAUGCAUAAAAACAAAUAUUGGUUAUGAAAUUCCAUGAUCUCCCUAUGCAUUGUAUAAAUGGGGUUUUUACUUCAAGAAAUCAUUUACGUGUAAUGUCACUAUUGGGUGCUGAUCUCGCUAGGUACAGUGUGAUCUGGACUUUUCUGCCCAUUGGAAUUUGUAUAAAAAACGCUUUGUUCUUCAGCAAGGUUCCAAGAGGAGCCAAGGGCCACCGAGGCAGUGAGACCAGACAAGGGCACCGAGGGCAGCUGGUUUUAAUGAGUCAUAGUGUCAACUUUGUCCAGCUUUGAAAAUGUGGUACAGGGCCGCUGCAGCUCAUGCCCUCCCCGCUGGCACAAGGCAAGGGGGCUCUGGAGAAGGGACAGCAAGCUAUUGUAGCUGAACCUGAGAAGUACCAGCCUUCAGCAGCCAGGGAGGUGCGUCUGUGGGAAAUGCAGUUUUAACUAGACAGUAAUUAGAGCCCUCCCUUCCCAUUAGUCCUCGACUACAAUUCUGCUGUUUAUUGAUCCUUUGAAGUCUGACAUCAUUUGCAUAGGAAAGUAAAAGAAAAUAACCCUUCGGCUACUUUGGUGGGAAAAAAAAAGGAACACAAAACAAAUCCCCAUUUCUAUCUAUUUAAGUGUGUAUUUAAUUCUGUAUUAUGUUGGAACUUUAAAUGUGUUUAAUUUUAAAAGUUUCAGCUUCGGUAAUUAGCCUAGGUUGAGAAGUUUAUUUUUUUUUAAAACACUAAAUAUUUCACCAAAGCUCUAACAAUAAGCAUUUAGGGUUCAUUUAUUUCUCCAGAUAAGUAAUAAAAACCUAAAAGUUUCUGUGGA